AUGCUCGACUUCAUGGAUUAUAUCCAACUCGCAUUCGCCGAGGCGACUAGCUGGAAUCGCGACAAUUCAUACUCGUCUCUAACAGCUACAGCACAAUCGCUACUCGACUUCUCAACACCGGAGCGAUUGCGCGUCCAUAUCUCGUCCUUGGCGACCCCUCACUUCGCGACCAGCUAUACGCUCGGAACAGUUGGCUUGAUCGAUGGCUCUGUAUCCUAUCUUUACAGCACUGUACCCUUGGAUAAUACCCCUAGUCGAAGUGCCCUGAUACCGUUACGAAAGCUCGCACGCGGUUACCGCCAGGUCCAGCCCCCGGUUGCACCAGUUGAAGAUUGGGGAUGGAACUCCCUGCUGGACGGGCUUGGCUCCUUCCAGUCCACACACGCUGGUGAUGGCAACACUCACGUUUCUCUCAGUCAGAAAGCGACUCUACUCCAUGCCACUUUACAUCUCCCUCCCCCAACAACGCUCAAUGCGUUAUUCCUGCGCCGGAUCUCUCCGACCAUGCAGCUGUCGCUGGCAGUCUGCUCAACGCGAGGGCCACCUCUGUCCAAGUCAGCGCCGCAGGCUUCACUGCUAGGACAACUCUGCCACGACACGGGAAAGUACAGCAAUGAAUACCUGUUUAGUACAGACAAUUCGUUAUUCGGCUGGCGAGGACUGUGGAAUUUCGGACCUGAUCCGCGCCAUCCCAGAGACCCCUCGUCCCCACCAGUAUCACUGCUUUCCGCCGGCGCAGAAGCAUAUUACUCACCCGUUUCGUCGCUCAUCGGGAUGUCGACAGGCUUGAGAUUCAGCACGCUCCCCGCAGCCACCGAGACGCCAUCAUCCACCACCACCACCACCCCAAUCUCCACCUUCCCGUACACCCUCACCCUCAUCCUCACACCACUGACCGGCUCCCUGUCCACCACGUACUCCCUCCGUGCCUCGCCCAACCUCGCCUUCAGCUCCCGCUUCGGCUUCAACGUCUACAGCUGGGAAAGCGAAAUGGUCGCGGGCUGCGAACUCUGGCGCCGGCGCCGGAAACCCCAGCACCAGCAGGACGACCCCGCCGACCACGACGGCCUCGAAUGGGCCCGCCGCAAGAUGCGCAUGCACGACCCCGACUACGCGCCGCCAACCGCCCCUGCCCCUGCCCCCGUCGCCGCCGAAUCCGACGAAGGCAACGAAUCCGUCCUGAAGAUCCGUGUCGACCAGUCGUGGAACGUGCGCUUGCUCUGGGAGGGGCGCGUGAAGGAGCUCCUCGUCAGCGCUGGGGUGGGGCUGGGGCCGAGCUCGUUCUCGCCGUCUUCGUGGUCAGUGCCGGCGUCUGGGUCUGCGCAGGCGGGCGGCGGAGGCGGCCAUGCGAAGUCGUAUUGGCAUGGUGUUGGGGUGUCGGUGUCGUAUUCGUCGUGA